AUGUCCAAGGAUAAUGCAAGAGUAGCGAGAUGGUACUUUGGGGGAUUGGCUUCAGCCGGUGCCGCUUGCUGUACUCAUCCUCUGGAUCUAAUAAAAGUUCAUUUACAAACUCAACAGGAAGGAAAAUUAUCGAUUAUCAAAUUAACAACAAACAUUGUCAAAAAGCAAGGUGUACUAGCAUUAUAUGCCGGCCUAUCAGCUUCAUUAGCCCGACAAUUGACCUAUUCGCUAGUCAGAUUUGGAAUAUAUGAAGUAGCCAAACAGAAUAUCAGCAGCGAUACUUUUAUGGCUAAAGUUGGAAUUGCCGGUUUUGCAGGAGCAUGCGGUGGCAUUGUGGGAACUCCUGCUGAUAUGGUUAACGUUAGGAUGCAAAAUGAUAUUAAACUUCCGCCAGAGAAAAGAAGAAAUUACAAACACGCAAUAGAUGGCCUGUUUCGGGUUUAUAAAGAAGGAGGGGUAGCAAAUUUGUUUUCUGGUGCAAGUACGGCAACUGGAAGAGCUAUUUUUAUGACCAUAGGUCAAGUGGCAUUUUAUGACCAAGCUAAAAUCAUGCUAUUAAAGACUGAGAUCUUCAAUGAUAAUUUGGGCACUCAUUUCUUAUCAAGUCUCAUUGCGGGAACAGCAGCGACACUUUUAACUCAACCACUAGAUGUUUUAAAGACAAGAUCGAUGAACGCAAAACCAGGCGAAUUUAAAAAUUUGGGAGAAGUAGUCAUGUAUACAGCAAAGCUUGGACCUCUAGGAUUCUUUAAAGGAUUCAUUCCAGCAUUUGUAAGAUUAGCCCCUCAUACUAUAUUAACGUUCCUAUUUCUAGAACAAUUAAGGAUCAAUGUUGGAUAUGAUAAACAAUAA